CUCUACUAGAGGGAACGUCGAGGAGAUUCCUCUUCGCCUCCACCCCCCGCCCGUGCGCGCGCCUCCGACGCUUCUGGGUAACGAUGCAGUUUAUGUUGCUUUUUAGUCGUCAGGGGAAGCUGAGACUUCAGAAGUGGUAUGUCCCGUUGUCUGACAAAGAAAAGAAGAAAAUCACAAGAGAACUUGUUCAAACAGUCUUAGCACGUAAACCGAAAAUGUGCAGCUUUCUGGAGUGGAGAGACCUGAAGAUUGUCUACAAAAGAUAUGCAAGCCUCUACUUCUGCUGUGCCAUUGAAGACCAGGAUAAUGAGCUAAUAACCCUGGAGAUAAUUCACCGUUAUGUAGAAUUGCUUGAUAAAUAUUUUGGAAGUGUAUGUGAACUUGAUAUCAUUUUCAAUUUUGAGAAAGCUUAUUUUAUUUUGGAUGAAUUUCUCUUGGGUGGGGAAGUUCAGGAGACCUCAAAGAAAAAUGUUCUUAAAGCCAUUGAACAGGCAGACCUAUUACAGGAGAGCCAGAAUGAAGACUGGGGAGGUUUGUCUGAGGAUAUCUUAUGAUUAAGAGCAAUCUAAAGCCUUAGCGUUUUGAUCCCCAUCUGUACGAUUGCCACGUCAUGAAUACUUUAAUGUCCCAGUAUACUAAAUGACUUCAUUCAUCAUGCAUAGAGAGAGGCGAUAGAGCUGACUUAUUCAUGGCAGAACACUUAUCCUCAGCUUGGUGAAUCCAAUCAUCUUGAACAAAUUAGUGUAUAUCACACAGUUAUUUUUUGCUGUUUGUAUAUUUCCUUGUCCUACCAUUUACAAUGUCUGUGUUUUUCCUUUCAUAUGUCUUGUCAGCAUGCCAUAAUUCCAUGUUAAACAUUUAAAUCUAUCAUUAGCUCUUGACGUAGUAUGUAAUAUGCAAGCUGAAAUAUUUUACUGAGCCUAGUUUUACAAUACUGCAGCUGAAUAUAACUCUAGUAUUUGUAGAUAAAAUCCAUUGAUUUGUCAUAUUCUUGGGCAUGGUAAAUUAAAUGUAUGUUUAGAAAACAUGCCUUAUAGACAGUUUAUAAUGAAAAGCUUUGAAGGCCACAGAAAUAUAUUUUAAAAUCACAAUUUUAGAAACUAAUUUCUGGCAUUUUGCAACUUGGCCUCUGUACUUAAAUGUUAAGUACUGUGAUCUUGCAUUCUUAAAAGCUCCAUUGCACAUGGUGCUUCUCUUGUUUAUAGAAGGGCUUUCCCACUCUUUGUAAUACACAUAUACAGCUGCUGCACCGUUUUUAGCGCACUAAUAAUGCUGACUUAAACAAUGGAGUAACUUGCUGGUAAUCAUACAGAAGCAUCCACUGAAAUUGUAAUUAACAAGGAAAGUUUCCACUUUUGCAAUUUCUGUUCUAAAACAGUCUCAAGUGCAGUCAGUGGAAGAAAAUGUGAUCUGUUUGUAUUGCUCAGGAAAGUGAUUGCUAUAUUAUGCAGUUGAUAUGUUUUCCAGAGAAGUGAUUACAAAUCUAAGUGGCUUAAUCAAUCUUAUAUGACAGAAAGUUCCAGAUAUUCUGUGGUAAUGCACUACUUCAAGAUAAAUGUCACACUGAUAUUCCAUAAGUGAGGGCUUAAUAUGUUGAAUCUGCAGCCUUCUGGAAUGUAUAAAUAGCAAAUAUAGGAAAUUCUCCCAUUACAAAACUUUUUGGGGGGCGGGUAUUGCUUCUGUGAAUGUAUGUGGUAAAUGGUGUUUCGCAUUCUCUUAAUGCCUGAAUCUUUAAAAUGCUAUGCAUGAAGUGCUAAUGAGGUGCUGAGUUCUGUUAUAGCUUUAUACAGCUGCAUGCUUGUAAUUUACUGUGAAUUAGCUUUCCUGGCAUGUCUGUAAUAAAGUAUUGCAUGCA